AUUGCUGAUUUGUAUUUACUUGUCUGUCCUGUUAUGAAGGUUGUGUGUCGUGUGAAGUCCUGAACAGCUCAAACCAUCCUUCUGCUGCCGGUUUAACUCUUUUUAACAAUGUGGCUUUUUAAAUUUUUACUCGGUUGUGACCUCACAGGGCUUUUCCUGUUCGUACUUAUUUUUAUCCUAAUCGCAGACUUCUUAAAAAACAGGAAUCCUCCAAAUUAUCCUCCAGGACCGCUGGCUCUUCCCUUUGUGGGAAACUUCUUCAGUGUGGACAGGAAACAUCCACACAAAUAUUUUACCAAGCUGGCUGAGCUCUAUGGCAAUGUGUUCAGCGUUCGCCUGGGUGGUGACAAGAUGGUGUUUGUGUCUGGGUACAAGAUGGUGAAGGAAGCCUUGGUGACACAAGCCGACAACUUUGUGGAUCGACCAUACAAUGCUAUCACUGAGAGGUUUUACUCAGGAGAAUCAGGUGGUCUAUUUGUGAGCAAUGGUGAACCAUGGAAAAGACAGAGACGUUUUGUUACAUCUACCUUACGUACCUUCGGCCUGGGCAAAAGCAUCAUGGAGCAGAGUAUCUGUGAGGAGAUCCGACACCUGCAGGAGGAGAUAGAGAAGGAGAAAGGUGAACCUUUCAACCCAGCAGGCCUCUUCAACAAUGCUGUGUCCAACAUCAUUUGCCAGCUGGUGAUGGGGAAACGGUUUGACUACAGUGACCACAACUUCCAGACCAUGCUGAAGUAUAUAUCUGAAAUUCUUCAGGUGGAGGGCUCUGUAUGGGGUUUGCUGUAUCAGGCAUUCCCUGGAGUGAUGAAGCACAUGCCAGGUCCUCACAAUGAAAUGUUCAGUCAGUUCAGCGCCAUCCUCGACUUCAUCAGUCAGGAGAUAAAGAACCACAAGAAGAACCUGGACCACAGCAAUCCCCGGGACUACAUUGAGGCUUUCCUCAUUGAAAUGAAGAAUCAUAAAGAGUCUGGUCUGGGCUUCACUGAGGCCAGUCUGGCUAUAAAUUCAGUGGAUCUGUUCAUGGCUGGAACUGAGACAACUUCCACCACUUUGCUGUGGGCUUUGGUUUUCCUCAUCAAAAACCCUGAGAUCCAGGACAAAGUCCAGGCAGAGAUAGACAGAGUGAUCGGACAGACCCGACAGCCCAGUGUGGCAGACAGAUCCAACCUGCCCUACACUGACGCUGUCAUCCAUGAGAUCCAGAGGAUGGGAAACAUCGUUCCUCUCAAUGGACUCAGAAUGGCCGCCAAAGAUACGACACUGGGUGAUUAUGUCAUACCCAAGGGUACGACCUUGAUGCCCUUCCUGACCUCUGUGUUGUUCGACAAGACCGAAUGGGAGACUCCAGACACCUUCAACCCCGGACACUUCCUGGAUGCUGAGGGAAAGUUUGUGAAGAGAGAAGCCCUUCUGGCUUUCUCUGCAGGAAAACGUGUGUGUCUCGGAGAAGGCCUCGCCAAGAUGGAGCUGUUCCUGUUUUUGGUCGCUUUACUACAGAAGUUCACUUUCUCCGUUCCUGAUGGAGUAGAGCUGAGCACAGAGGGAAUAACUGGAGUUACGCGUAUACCACACCCCUUCAAGGUUUACGCCAAGUUGCGCUGAAUUUUGUAACAUCCCACUCUGUCAUUUUUCACCUAAACAAUAUGCAACAAACAAGACGAACACUUUAGGAGAGAAAGCUGCAGUUACUUUUCAAGCUCAGACUUUAACUGUUUAAUGAUUGCCUGGUUUACUCCUACUGCCUGUACAAUCAAAUCUAUGUGAUAGUUGUUGUUUUUUUACAUACAAAUAUUUUUGUAAU